CGAAGAAAGUUGAAAAUAGGAGAAAUUUAAAAACAACGGCCCAUGCAUCAAUUCCUGAAAUGGGCCGUCGGCACCAGACCGUCCAUUUAUUCAUAACAGGGAAAAUCCCACUGAGCUCUUCUUCUCCAUGGAGAAACCAACGAAGCUACAGGCAAACAGAAGGAAUCAAUUGACUCAAAGAGAGCUCGCAGCAGCAAUGGAGGUCCAUAGCUCUUUCAUCCAAUCACGUCAGGUCACCCCCGAAAAUCCCAACAGCAAAUUACCAAUCUUUCGUUCUCAUCAUACCCAGGAUUUCAAGCCACCGACCGCCCACCAACCGUUCGAUAGAAUUCCCCUGACAACGAGCACCUUCGCUUGGAAUGCCUUACUGCAGUCCCAUAUCAAUGCCGGCCAUCCCCGCCUCGCCGUGCUCGCCUACCGAGAUAUGCUUCUUGCUGGCGUUCUCCCCGACCGCCACUCCCUCCCUCGUGCCCUCGACGCCUCUCGCCUCUCCUCCGUUUUUUUUACUGGCAAACAGCUCCAUUCUCACGUCCUAAAGCUCCGCCUUUUGGGCGACUCCUACGUCCUCUCCGCCCUAAUGGAGCUGUACUCCCAGUUCAGCGGCGUGGACUCCGCCUCGUCCCUUCUCUUCCAUUCCAAUCCGCAAAACCCCAUCGCCUAUACCCUUCUUGCCAGAUUAUACCUAAUGGAAAACAAUCCUGAUUCAGCUCUCCAUGUUUUCUACCAACUGGCCGCUUCUGGCGUAAAGCUCGACCCCAUUGCUGUAGCCACCGCCGCGAAAGCCUGCCGAGAGAUGAAGUCAACCCGAGACGGGAAGAAGAUUCAUGAUUUGGCAAAAGAGAGUAAAUUGGAUUGCGAUGUCUUGGUGGCGAACUCGCUUCUGAAGAUGUACGUUGAGUGCGGAAGAACGGAAGAAAUACUGGCUCUGUUCGACUCAAUGCCGCACAAAGACGCGGUUUCGUGGACAACAAUCAUCAACAACAAUGUGCAGAACGGUGGUUUCAAUGAAGGAUUGAAGCUUUUUCGGGCAAUGGUGGUUGACGGAAUAAAGCCCGACGAGUUCUCGGUGUCCGCCGUGCUCCCCGCUUGUGCUAGGAUGGCGGCUCGGAAGCACGGGAUGGAGAUUCAUGGCUUCAUUAUCAGGCAACACAUUGAUAUGAACUCUGCUGUCCAGAAUGCCCUCAUAGACAUGUACGCAAAAUCCGGGAGCAUUGAGAAUGCUUCAAAGGUGUUUGAUAGAAUGACUGAGAGGGAUGCAAUCUCAUGGACUGUGAUGAUACUAGGCUACAGUUUGCAUGGCCAUGGAGAUCUUGGAGUUGCUUUGUUCCUUGAGAUUGAGAAUAAUACAGGAACUGAACCUGAUGGAGCUGCCUAUUCAGCAGCUCUCCAUGCCUGCGGCACUAACUGCAUUGUAGAUCAAGGGGAGAAAAUUUUCAAACUCAUCUGGUUAAAACAUUCAGAGCCUGACCAUUGCAUUCUGAUUCUAAUGGCUAGGAUUCUGGCCAGAACCGGGAGAUUCGUAAAAGUUCGAGCAUUCUUGAAGGAGCACUACAUCGAGCAGGAUCUUGAUGCAUUGCGAGCGGUUCUUGAUGGCUGCAGGAUUCAUUCCAACAGGAGGAUUGGGAGGCAAGUGGCAGAGCAGUUGAUAGAGCUGAAUCCUCUGAAUGCAGAGAAUUAUGUGCUGCUAUCAAAUAUACAUGCAGCAAAUGGGAAUUGCAUAAAGGUGAAGGAGGUGAGGGAGAUGAUGGUGGACAUGGGGUUGAAGCCGAAGAAAGCUUGCAGCUGGAUCGAAUUCAGAGGCAAGAUUCAUUCUUUCGGCACCGGAGAUGUCUCGCAUCCAAGAUCAGAAAGGAUCUACUGGGAGCUGAAGAGAUUGAUGGAAAUAAUGGAAGCGGAAGGCUAUGUGUCUGUGGAGGAUUUUAGCCUGCAUGAUGUGGAGGAAGAGAGGGAAUGUAUUCCUUUGGGGCACAGUGAGAUGCUUGCUAUGGCUUUUGGGUUGAUCAGCACUCAAUUGAGCACUGUUAUAAGGGUAACUAAGAACAUGAGAGUUUGCAGGAAUUGCCAUGAAUCAGCUAAGAUGAUCAGUAGAAUUUCUGAAAGGGAGAUCAUGUUGAGGGAUCCUGAUAGAUUCCAUCGUUUUGUUGAUGGUUCUUGUUCUUGCCAAGACAUUUGGUGAUUGGUUGUUUGUCUUUGCAUUGU